AUGGAGCAAAAAGGAGCUGUGCUUAUGCAACGAUAUGAGCUAGGGAGAUUAUUAGGCCAAGGAACCUUUGCAAAGGUUUACCAUGCUAGGAACCUCAUAACUGGCAUUAGCGUGGCCAUAAAAAUUGUUGAUAAAGAGAAGAUUUUGAAAGUUGGGAUGAUUGAUCAGAUUAAGCGUGAAAUUUCAGUGAUGAGACUAAUCAGGCAUCCACAUGUCGUUGAGCUUUAUGAGGUAAUGGCUAGCAAAACCAAAAUUUACUUUGUCAUGGAGUAUAUAAAAGGCGGUGAGCUCUUUGACAAGGUAUCCAAAGGAAAGCUCAAGCAGGAUGAUGCUAGGAGAUAUUUUCAGCAGUUGAUCAGUGCUGUUGACUACUGCCAUAGCAGAGGUGUGUGCCAUCGUGAUCUGAAACCAGAAAAUCUUCUACUGGAUGAAGAUGGGAAUUUGAAGGUCUCAGAUUUCGGGUUAAGUGCACUUGCCGAAACUAAGCACCAAGAUGGAUUACUCCAUACCACUUGUGGUACCCCUGCUUAUGUUGCUCCAGAAGUGAUAAACAGAAGGGGCUAUGAUGGAGCCAAAGCUGACAUAUGGUCAUGUGGGGUGAUCUUGUAUGUUCUAUUAGCUGGUUUUCUUCCAUUUAGAGAUUCAAAUCUGAUGGAGAUGUACAGGAAGAUUGGCAAGGGAGAAUUCAAAUUUCCUAACUGGUUUGCACCAGAUGUGCGCAGAUUGUUGUCGAGAAUCUUGGAUCCAAACCCAAAGACCAGGAUAUCAAUGGCCAAACUUAUGGAAAGUUCUUGGUUCAGAAAGGGGUUACAGAAGCCCACCAUUACUCAGAACAAAUGUGAAGAACUGGCUCCUCUGGAUGCAGAUGGAGUAUUUGGUGCUUGUGAGAAUGGAGAUUCUAUCGAGCCAGCAAAAGACUCAAAACCUUGUAAUCUAAAUGCUUUUGACAUCAUCUCCUAUUCCUCUGGUUUUGACUUGUCUGGUUUGUUUGAGGAAACUGAUAGAAAAAAAGAAGCACGAUUUACAUCUGACAAGCCGGCCUCUAUUAUCAUCUCCAAAUUGGAAGAAAUUUGCAAGCGCCUUCGGUUGAAAGUGAAGAAGAAAGAUGGAGGUUUGUUCAAGUUGGAAGGUUCCAAGGAAGGCAGGAAAGGGCCUUUGGGUAUUGAUGCUGAGAUAUUUGAGAUCACCCCAGUUUUCCAUCUUGUGGAGUUAAAAAAGUCUAGUGGAGACACAUUGGAGUACCAAAAUCUUUUGAAACAGGAGGUAAGGCCUGCACUUAAGGACAUUGUUUGGAACUGGCAAGGAGAACAGCCACAACAACUGCAACAUGGAGUAGUGCAGAAAGAAGAACAACCUUCAUAUCCUGGCAUAUCUGAGAUUGUACCACAUCCAACUGCGUAG